AUGUAUAACGGAGUUGGAGUACAAACAGCACGAGGUACUGGAACCUCAGGUUAUGUUCAAGCUAAUUUAUCGGCAUUAAACCUCUCAAGGGUGAGUCUUUAAUUAACUUUUUGUAAACUACAAAUGUAUUUAUUGGUUUUUAAGAUUUUUGUGGUCUAAGGGCGGAAUAGAAGGUUGUGUCUCUUGAAUAUGUUUUAUAACGUAUUUAUCGUUUUAGCAAAAGAAGAACUACAAUUCUGAAGCUGACAUUGCUAAAAUCGAAGCAGAUGUAAACAGAAAACCAAAUUUGGAUUUGCUUGAUCAUGAAUACAAAAGGAGAAUCGAGAUCAAAUGUUUGGAACUUCAAGAUCUAAUGGAAAAUGAGGUAUGUUUUGUUUUAUUAUAUUUUUUUUUAGGUAUUUCAAAAACUAUGUUUUCUCAUGUUGAUUUAGCAAAGCACUGGAAAUUAUUGUAAAAAACGAUGGUUAACAUUAAUUUUGAAAAGAAAGAUUAAUCUUAUCUGAUUAUAGGGUUCAUCACAAGAAGAAAUUGAUGAAAAAGUUGGAGAAUAUCGAAAAUUGUUGUUCGAGGAGUUCGAGAGUGGAAGAAUGAAUCUGGACAACGAACUCGACAUCAGGAACAGCCAUUCCAGAGCUAAAGUAGCGCAGGAUAAACAAGAAAAGUUCCGUAAGGCGUUCAAUAUCAGAGAAGACUUUGUUCCUGGGACUUCAAUGGCAAAGUAAGUUCACUUUUUUUAAUUAAUUUAUAUAUAUUUUGAGAAUUACUUCGAUAUUGCCUAUAACUCUUUGUAAAGAAAAAUCUUUAAAGAUGCUAUAAAAACGUUAUAGUAUCGUAAGCUUAAUAAUGGCCAUCUUUUCAGCAUGAAAAAGGUUGGAGAUCAAGCCGAGGCGGCUAUAAAAGCGGAAGAAGAUGAAGAUCCUGAAAUGGCUUUAAAAAAGAAAUUGUUGGAACAAAUCAGAGCUGAAAAAGAAGCCAAGAAACAGAAGAAAAAACGAGAAGAAAGCAAAAAGAGCAAGAAGCGAAGAAAGCACGAAUCGACAUCAGAAAACUCGAGUUCAUCGUCAUCAGAUUCGGAUAGUUCAUCUGACAGCGAUUCUGAUAAGGUAAGUUCCAAUUGCUUUAUUGUGUCAUUACUAUGAAGAUCUUUCCCUAAGUUUUGUAUAAUAGUGAUAAUACUUUCAAUAAUAGUAUAACUAUACAACUUGUUUUACAUUGUUUAUUUCAGAAGAAGCGCAAGCGACGUCACAAGAAGUCGAAAAAGAGCAGGAAGUAA